AUGUCAAACACAAUUACAAAGACUACUGUGCAAGAGGCAACCAAUGCGAAAGGAGAGCAUAUCAUACUCAAGACUGCAUAUGAUGAUGCCAUUCACGGCCAGUCAAAAUACGCGGCAUAUCUUCCCGUCUACGAUAACACGACUAAAUUCCCGCCCACGGAGCGAUUUGAGUUCCACGACCGAGGCCACAAUGCCGAUCCGGCGAAACCUAACCUUUUGAACACGGGUGACAUAAAUGUCAAGAUAACCAAACUUGCUCCUCGCGUCGGAACAGAGAUCACGGGACUACAACUAUCCCAACUCAGCGACGCACAGAAAGAUGAACUUGCUCUGCUGAUUGCCGAGAGAGGUGUGGUCGUAUUUCGAGACCAAGACUUCAAGGACAUUGGGCCAGAGAAGCAGAAAGAGUUCGGCCAAUACUUCGGUCGACUCCACGUACAUCCUGUUGGAGCACACGUGAAAGAUCACAUCGAGUUUCAUUCGAUCUAUCUCGGAAAAGACAACCUCUACCGCCUUGGUCGAAGCAGCAAGAGAUUGACAACCGUCGGAUACCACUCAGACGUGUCGUACGAGCAUCAGCCACCUGGUAUCACCCUUUUGACUCUCGUCCAGGUACCCGAGACAGGUGGGGACACCGGAUGGACCUCCCAAGCAGCGGCAUAUGAUCGCCUUUCGGAACCAUUGAAAGCGUUUCUAGAAGGACUUAAGGCUGAGCACAGUGGCUUCCCCCAGGCCGAAAACGCUCAGCGGGAUGGCCACUUUGUGAGAAGGGAUCCCGUCAAAUCGUACCAUCCGAUCGUGCGCGUCCACCCUGUUACCAAACAGAAGGUUUUGUUCGUGAACCCUGGAUUCACGAAGCGAAUCGUUAAUCUGAAAGAAGAAGAGUCAGAUGCUAUCCUUAAACUUUUGUUCAAACACAUUUCGCAAAGCCAAGACAUCCAGGCGCGUGUUAAAUGGGACGAUCGUACGGUCGCGCUUUGGGAUAAUCGUGUCACAGCACAUACGGCGAUCUCGGAUUACGAUGUGGGUGAUGAGGGUGAAGGGCUACGGCAGGGGUUCCGUAUCACGACUCUUGCUGAGGUCCCAAUCGGAGUGGACGGAACAGAGUCUACGUGGGAUUAG